UAGUACCGGACGGUUGUGAUGGCUGCGGUGGAUUCGGAUGUCAAACCGCUGCCUCGCGGGGGUUUCCGCUGCUGCCUCUGCCACGUCACUACGGCCAACCGACCCAGCCUAGAGGCCCACCUGGGAGGCCGGAAGCACCGGCACCUGGUAGAACUACGAGCUGCUCGAAAGGCCCAGGGACUUCGAAGCGUGUUUGUCAGUGGCUUUCCCCGGGAUGUGGAUUCUACUCAGCUCUCUGAGUACUUCCAGGCAUUUGGACCUGUGGCCAGUGUUGUCAUGGACAAGGACAAGGGAGUGUUUGCCAUUGUGGAGAUGGGGGACAUGGGUGCCCGGGAAGCUGUCCUCUCACAGCCCCAGCACAGCUUGGGAGGACAUCGCCUGAGGGUCCGGCCACGGGAGCAGAAAGAGUUCCAGAGCCCAGCCUCCAAGUCCCCCAAAGGAGUGGCCCCCGACAGUCACCAGCUGGCAAAAGCACUAGCGGAGGCCCCGGACGUGGAGGCACAGAUGGUGAAGCUCGUGGGGCUGAGGGAGCUGUCUGAGGCUGAGCGGCAGCUUCGGAGCCUCGUGGUGGCCCUGGUGCAGGAGGUCUUCACAGAGUUCUUCCCUGGCUGUGUGGUCCAUCCUUUUGGCUCUUCCAUAAACAGCUUUGACGUCCAUGGCUGUGAUCUUGACCUCUUCCUGGAUCUGGGGGACUUGGACGAGCCCCAGCCAGCCCCAAAGGCUGCAGAAUCUCCAUCCUUGGACUCGGCCCUUGCAUCCCCACUGGACCCUCAAGCCCUGGCCUGCACCCCAGCCUCCCCUCCAGACUCACAGCCUCCAGCUUCUCCCCAAGACUCGGAAGCCCUGGACUGUGAAGUCCCUUCCUCCUCCCUGGCACCCCGGACUCCAGACUCUGCUUUGGCCUCUGAGACCCUCGCCUCUCCCCAGUCCCUGCCCACAUCCUCGCCACUGCAGGAGGACCGGGGAGAGGGGGACCUGGGGAAGGCCAUGGAACUGGCAGAGGCCCUGAAGGGGGAGAAAGCAGAAGGGGGAGCCAUGCUGGAGCUGGUGGGAUCCAUUCUUCGGGGCUGCGUCCCUGGAGUGUACCGAGUCCAAACUGUGCCUUCUGCCCGACGCCCUGUGGUCAAGUUCUGCCAUCGGCCUUCAGGUCUCCACGGUGACAUCUCCCUCAGUAACAGGCUGGCCCUGCAUAACUCCCGCUUCCUGAGCCUCUGCUCUGAGCUGGAUGGGCGAGUACGGCCCCUUGUGUACACUCUGCGCUGCUGGGCUCAGGGUCGAGGGCUGUCAGGGAGUGGCCCACUUCUCAAUAACUACGCCCUGACCUUGCUCGUGAUCUAUUUCCUUCAGACCAGGGACCCUCCUGUGUUGCCCACUGUGUCCCAGCUCACCCAGAAAGCAGGUGAGGGCGAACAGGUGGAGGUUGAUGGCUGGGACUGUAGUUUCCCCAGGGAUGCCUCGAGACUGGAGCCCAGCACCAAUAAGGAGUCCCUGAGUUCCCUGCUGGCCCAGUUCUUCUCCUGCGUCUCUUGUUGGGAUCUUCGUGGCUCACUGCUGUCCCUGCGGGAGGCUGCCGCGGGAUACCGAACUGUCGUGCGUAAGCCUUCUAUGCCGUCCUCGCUUUCCGGCUGCUGUUUCUCCACGGCUCUCCCCCCCCCCCCCCCCCACCGUUCUCUCCCUGACGGCUUACUUUGCGGCAGCGCGGAGAGCCCCACCUCCUUUCUCUGCGGAAUCACCAUGGCGGCUGGGACCCUGUACACAUAUCCCGAAAACUGGAGGGCCUUCAAGGCCCUCAUUGCCGCUCAGUACAGCGGGGCUCAGGUCCGCGUGCUCUCCGCACCACCCCACUUCCAUUUUGGCCAAACCAACCGCACCCCCGAAUUUCUCCAUAAAUUUCCUGCUGGCAAGGUUCCAGCCUUUGAGGGUGACGAUGGAUUCUGUGUGUUCGAGAGCAAUGCCAUUGCCUACUACGUGAGCAACGAGGAGCUGCGGGGAAGUACUCCCGAAGCAGCAGCCCAGGUGGUGCAGUGGGUGAGCUUUGCUGAUAGCGACAUAGUUCCCCCAGCCAGUACCUGGGUGUUCCCCACCUUGGGCAUCAUGCACCACAACAAGCAGGCCACAGAGAAUGCAAAGGAGGAGGUGAGGCGAAUUCUGGGGCUGCUGGAUGCUCACUUGAAGACAAGGACUUUUCUGGUGGGCGAACGUGUGACACUGGCUGACAUCACAGUUGUCUGCACCCUGUUGUGGCUUUAUAAACAGGUUCUGGAGCCUUCUUUCCGCCAGGCCUUCACUAAUACAAACCGCUGGUUCCUCACCUGCAUUAACCAGCCCCAGUUCCGGGCGGUCUUGGGGGAGGUGAAACUCUGUGAGAAAAUGGCCCAAUUUGAUGCUAAAAAGUUUGCAGAGAGCCAGCCUAAAAAGGACACCCCACGGAAAGAGAAAGCUGCUCGAGAAGAGAAGCAGAAGCCCCAGGCCGAGCGGAAAGAGGAGAAGAAGGCAGCUGCCCCUGCUCCUGAGGAGGAGCUGGAUGAAUGUGAGCAGGCGCUGGCUGCUGAGCCGAAGGCCAAGGACCCCUUUGCUCACCUGCCCAAGAGUACCUUUGUGUUGGAUGAAUUUAAGCGCAAGUACUCCAACGAGGACACACUCUCCGUGGCGCUGCCGUACUUUUGGGAGCACUUUGAUAAAGAUGGCUGGUCCCUGUGGUACUCCGACUACCGCUUCCCUGAAGAGCUCACCCAGACCUUCAUGAGCUGCAACCUCAUCACCGGAAUGUUCCAGCGAUUGGACAAACUGAGGAAGAAUGCCUUUGCCAGUGUCAUUCUGUUUGGAACCAACAAUAGCAGCUCCAUUUCUGGAGUCUGGGUCUUCCGAGGCCAGGAGCUUGCCUUUCCGCUGAGUCCAGACUGGCAGGUGGACUACGAGUCAUACACGUGGCGGAAACUGGAUCCCAGCAGCGAGGAGACCCAGACGCUGGUUCGAGAAUACUUUUCCUGGGAUGGGGCCUUCCAGCAUGUGGGCAAAGCCUUCAAUCAGGGCAAGAUCUUCAAGUGAACAUCUCUUGCCAUCGCCUAGCUGCCUGCACCUGCCCUUCAGGGAGAAUGGGGGUCAUUAAAGGAAACUGAACAUUGAA